AUGAGCUUAACAUCCUGGUUUUUGGUGAGCAGUGGAGGCACCCGCCACAGGCUGCCACGAGAAAUGAUUUUUGUUGGAAGAGAUGACUGUGAGCUGAUGUUACAGUCACGAAGCGUGGACAAGCAACAUGCUGUGCUGAACUAUGAUGCCUCUACGGAUGAACACUUGGUGAAGGAUUUGGGCAGCCUGAAUGGGACAUUUGUGAAUGAUUUGAGGAUUCCAGAGCAGACAUACAUCACUCUGAAGUUAGAAGAUAAGUUGAGAUUCGGAUAUGAUACUAAUCUUUUUACUGUUGUCAGGGGAGAGAUGAGAGUUCCUGAAGAAGCACUUAAGCAUGAAAAAUUUUCAAGCCAACUCCAAUUAUCCCAAAAACCUUCAGAGGCAGAAGGAUCAAAGCAAACCAGCUCCAAAAGCUCAGAGGCCAAGGUAACAGACUCCACAGCAGAAGUGCGUCACAAAACUCCAGAAGUAUUGAAAUCUGAAGAGAAAUCAAUGGAUCUUUCUGCCAUGCCUCGUGGGACACCUUUAUAUGGACAGCCAGCCUGGUGGGGUGACGAUGAAGCUGAUGAAAAAAGUGGUUGCAAGCCAGAUGGCAAGCAUGAAGAAAAAAUGCAUGAGACAGGGGCUUCAGGGUGCGACACAGAUGCCAAGCAAGCUGAGGAGCAAUCUGCGGCUGCAAGUGAAGAACUUUAUCCUUUCUGUAGGGAGCCAAGUUAUUUUGAAAUUCCUACAAAAGAAUUCCAGCAACCUUCACAGGUAGCAGAGAGCACUAUUCAUGAAAUUCCAACAAAAGACACGCAAAGCUCCCAUGCAGCAAGUGCAGGGCAUGCUUCCUUUACCAUUGAAUUUGAUGACAACACUCCAGGAAAGGUAACGAUCAAAGAUCACGUGACAAAAUUCACAUCAGAGCAGCGUCACAAGUCAAAGAAGCCUUCUUCCUCCAGUGGUCAGGACCUGCCUGGGCUUCAAACAGUGAUGAUGGCCGCAGAGAGCAAAGUAGCAGAUUGGCUAGCUCAGAAUAAUCCUCCUAGAAUGAUAUGGGAACCAACAGAGGAGGAUUCCAAAAGUAUUAAGAGUGACGUUCCGGUGUACUUGAAGAGACUGAAAGGAAAUAAGCAUGAUGAUGGUACACAAAGUGAUUCAGAAAAUGCUGGUGCACACCGGCAUUACAGUAAGCGGGCAGCACUUGAAGAACACUUGAGGCAUCAUCAUACAGAGCUGAAAAAGUCACACCAGUCACAUUGUACAGAAAAGCAGCAAGAGCAAGCUGGUUUGACUAGCUCAUCCCAUCACAGAGCAGUACAUGGUGUUCAUGCAAAACUUCUAAAGCAGAAAUCAGAAGAACCUUCUGCUGCAUUACCUGUCUUACAAGCUGCAUUGUUAAGGAGUUCAGGAAGCCUUGGCCAUAGGCCUACUCAAAACCAGGAGAUGGACAAAAAGUUGAAAACCCAACAUACGACUUCUACUACUGAAAAGGACAAUGAGGAUGACCAGAGUGACAAAGGUACUUACACUAUUGAGUUGGAAAAUCCCAAUUCUGAAGAAAUGGAAGCCCGCAAAAUGAUUGACAAGGUAUUUGGAGUGGAUGACAGCCAGGAUUAUAAUAGGCCUGUUAUCAACGAGAACCAGAAAGAUUUAGUAAAAGAUUGGGCUAUAAAUUCUACUACAAUAGUGCUGGAAGAAAAAAGACCACUGAGUACAACUGGAUUUCUUGACACAGAGGAAGGUUCUACUGCUGCUGGAAGUAAACGCUGGGUAUCACAGUGGGCCAGUUUGGCUGCUAAUCACACACAUCACGACCAAGGUGAUAUCAGACUGGAGUCAUCUGUGCCUGCUCCUUUAGAACAUGACACAGACAUGAGUGAGUCUGCUAUUUCUGUUAGAAGCACAGGUUCAGCUGCUUCUAUGACCAGCCAAGGUGAGCGAAAAAGGAGAACACUUCCACAGCUUCCCAAAGAGGAGAAAGGGAAUGAAAGCUCAAAAGCAAAAACUACAUCUCAUCAGAGAUCAGAAAUAGGUGAAAAGCAAGACACUGAACUUCAGGAGAAAGAAACUCCAGCUUGUGCCUCAGAUGCUGACAAUAGAUGUAUAGCUAAGUCAAGCAGAACAAUGAAUGGUCUUUCACCCAAAGCAACUGGAGACAAAGUUUUUUCUUUUCCAAGCUCUUCUAGUAAAGAGAGAGUUGAAACUGGCAAAGAAACUUCUGUAGUGAAACAAGCUUUAGCAAAAAUUCAACAACAAGAGAGAAAGGAGCAAGGACACUGGACACCCACAAAAUUAUCCUCUGCAAAACUUGCUGCAAACCACACUGAGAAAGGUAGGGAGGAAAUUGCUAUGUCACCCAAAACUUUGGAAAAUCAAAACAAAGCUCCUGGACAUGUGACAGAUAAAGGAGAAAUGAAGUUAGUGCAGAGUGAAGGAAAAAGAAGGAAAAACGAGGAAACUGUUAAAGUACAAAUCCCUAAAUCAUCUGGAGGAGAAAAAAAGGAAUCUUCAAAAACAUUAGUGAGGCAAGGUAGCUUUACUAUAGAUAAGCCUAGCACAAAUAUACCUAUAGAACUUAUUCCUCACAUUAAUAAGCAAAGUGGACCUGCUGCCCCUUUAACAUCUGCAAACAGGUUACGUGACAGAAGUGAUUCAAUGGACACUGAUUCCAGUCUGGACACAACACUCAUUUUAAAAGACACAGAAGCUGUAAUGGCAUUCCUUGAAGCUAAAUUGCGUGAAGAAAAUAAAACUGAUGAAGGUCCUGAGACUCCUAGCUACAACAGAGAUAAUUCCAUAUCACCAGAAUCAGAUGUAGAUACAGCCAGCACAAUCAGUCUUGUUACAGGUGACAGUGAAAGGAAAUCCACACAGAAGCGGAAGAGUUUUACAACUUUAUAUAAAGAUAGAUGUUCCUCUGGUUCCCCUUCAAAGGAUGUUUUAAAAUCUUCUGCAGCAAGUGCCAGAGAAAAGGCAGAAAAGAAAACUAAAAGUCGAUCUUCAGAUAGUGGGUCUAGAGCUGAUGCUCGCAAAACUGUGCAAUCCAGUGGAAGAAUGAGACAACCGUCAGUAGAUUUGACAGAUGAUGACCAAACAUCUAGUGUACCUCAUUCUGCCAUUUCUGAUAUCUUAUCAUCUGACCAGGAAACAUACUCUGGCAAAUCACAUGGAAGAGUUCCUUUUGCCUCACCAGAUGAACUUCUACAUUCCAAGAUUGAAGGAAAGUCAGCUAAAUCAAAAACCUCUCCUGUUGCACUUGGGCAGUCUAGUAAAUCUACCACUCUUCCAAGACCUCGUCCUACAAGGACUUCUCUCUUGCGUAGGGCACGGCUUGGUGAAGCCUCUGACAGCGAGCUUGCUGAUGCCGAUAAGGCUUCAGUAGCUUCCGAAGUGUCCACUACAAGUUCUACAUCAAAACCUCCAUCAGGGAGGAGAAGUAUUUCCAGAAUAGACUUACUUGCUCAACCUCGCAGGACUCGACUUGGCUCUUUAUCAGCACGUAGUGAUUCUGAAGCAACAAUAACUAGGAGCACUGCCUCAUCUCGUACCCCAGAAGCUAUUAUCAGAAGUGGUGCAAGGUUAACAUCAGCAGGAGAUAGUAGUAAAGUUUCUGCUAGAACUCGAGCCAAUAGCAUUUCUCGACUUUCAGAUUCAAAAUCCCGGUCUUUGGCGUCAGCUCAUAACUCUCCCUCAGUAAGCGCAAGAUGGAGGCGCUUUCCUACAGAUUAUGCUUCCACCUCAGAAGAUGAAUUUGGAUCAAACCGUAAUUCCCCUAAACAUACCCGUCUGCGUACCUCUCCAGCCCUGAAAACCACACGACUGCAGAGCACUGGGACAGCAACUCUAAGUAGCAAUACCUUCAAGCACAGAAUAAAAGAACAGGAAGACUACAUAUGUGACUGGACUGCUCACCGAGAAGAAAUAGCAAGGAUCAGUCAAGAUCUGGCUCUCAUCGCACGGGAAAUCAACGAUGUAGCAGGAGAGAUAGAUUCAGUGACUUCAUCAGGCACUGCCCCCAGUACCACAGUAAGCACUGCUGCCACCACCCCUGGCUCUGCCAUAGACACUAGAGAAGAGUUGGUUGACCGAGUAUUUGAUGAAAGUCUCAAUUUUAGAAAAAUCCCUCCACUAGUGCAUGCCAAACCACCAGAGGGGAAUGGUCGGCCUAAUGGUGCUAGACCUCAGCUGACAGAUGCCCUGGAUCCCCCAACAAUUACCCGGAGAAGGACUUGGAGCAGAGAUGAGGUUAUGGGGGACAGUUUGCUGUUGUCCUCAGUCUUCCAGUUUUCUCGCAAGAUAAGACAAUCCAUAGACAAAACAGCUGGUAAAAUCAGAAUAUUAUUUAAGGACAAAGACAGAAAUUGGGAAGAAAUUGAAAACAAGUUGCGAGCUGAAAGUGAAGUUCCUAUUGUGAAAACAUCAAGCAUGGAAAUAUCAUCAAUCUUACAGGAGCUGAAACGAGUUGAGAAACAGCUGCAAGCAAUUAAUGCUAUGAUCGACCCUGAUGGUACCCUGGAUGCUCUGAGCAACUUGGGAUUUGGCAGCCCCAUCUUACCAGCUCAGCCAAAGCCAAAGUCCAGUCCUGUUUCUCAAAGCAGCCGCCCUCAAGUGCAGGCAAACUGCCAGCCCGAAGCUCGAGCUCUUCGACCCGCUGCCGGCCCUGUUGCAGCUGAAUUUGAGCAUGCUGAAUCUGAGUCAGAUUUCAGCAUACGUUUCAAUAGGUUUAACCCAGAUGGGGAGGAGGAAGAUUCUACCCUGCGUGAGUGACAUCUCA